GAAAACUUUUGCUCGAUUUCUUGUUUCCACACUUUUCUUAAAGAAAGAAUGUUGCUGCUGCUGUUUUUUUUUCAGUGACCUCAACCCAUGCCAUGCUUUCUCAUUGGCUGUAGCUUGUCGCAACACCAGCCUCUUUGAUGCAACGUUGAGUAGUUCACACAAAGAUUGCUGAGCGCUGAUCACCCGUUGAUUUUCCCCCGCUCACAGCCGAUCGAGUGUGAACUUGGCAUUAGUGACUGAUUUAUUUUUUAUGUUUUUAGCAGAAGUCAUGUUGGGGUGUGGACGUCCUGUCAUCCUUCUCCUCAGCAUCAACUUUCUGGACCUCUCUUUUGUGUCGUCAUCAUCUUCAUCAUCUCAGAAUGCCACUCAACACCGUUUCCACCCUUCUGGAGGGAGCAAUUACUACAAUGAAUAUGAGGACAUCACCACUGAGCCUCCCAGCACAUCCUCUACUCACUCUGAACACCCAGAUCGCAAUCCGUGCAAUUAUGAUAUGUGUGUGGAGCAGCAGCACACCUGCCUGGAGCUUGCAGAAGCCACAGGCUGCCUCUGCCCGGGGUUGAGCAAAGGUUUCACUCCCCCGAGUCCACCGCGCCACUUGUAUCUGACUCAACAGGAUGGCAAAGGGGUUGUGGUGCACUGGUGUGCUCCCACCUCCAUUGUCACCCACUACAAUGUCUUGGUGAGAGGGAAUGGCAAAGUGAAGGAUAAGAAGAUAGAGGUGGAGGAGAAAAAGAGGGCAGCAGUAUUGGAGGAUGUUGAAGCUGGUACGCACAUAUGUGUAGAAGCGGUGAAUAAAGGUGGCGUCAGUGCAGAGGAUGAUCAGUCUUGUGCCAAAUUUGAACCCAAAAAUACAGACUCUGGACUUGCGCUGAAGCUGGGCAUUAUUGGGGGU